AUGGAAGACCUUCCAGCUAUCAGUGUCACUGAACAGAAUCCUUUUUGUGUAGAAAUGAUGAAACGGCUCAACAUACAACGAAAACAAGGCCACUUAUGCGACAUAACUUUGAUUACGAAAGAUGAUCAAGAGUUUAAGGCUCACAGAAAUAUCCUUUCUGCAGCGAGUCCGUUCUUUUGCAAGCUUCUUCAGAGCGAUAUGAAAGAAAAUCGAGAAGGGAUCGUUCGGUUGGAGGAGAUUUCGGGAUCUGUUAUGGAAGAUGUUUUGGAAUUCAUCUACACUGGAACUGUAGAGGUUACUGAAGAAAAUGCCGAAGAGCUGGUCGUCGCUACAAAUUAUCUCCUCGUUCCAAAUUUGAAAACAAUCUCUGGUCGAUUUAUACAACAACAAAUGUGUGAGUUAAACUGCAUUUCCACCUUCUACUUCGCCGAGAAAUACGAUUGUGAAGAGCUUUUAAACGACAGCAAGAGUUUUAUUCACGCGAACUUCAGGUCUGUAGCAGACAUGGGUGAAUUCCUAAGUUUGGAAGCCAAAGAGGUGGAGAGAUGGAUUUCAAGUGACGAUAUUGUUGUCAAAACAGAAGCCGAUGUUUUCCAGAUUGCGAAAAAGUGGGUUGAACAUAACAAGAGCGAGCGGAAAGCAGCCUUUGAAGGGCUGCUUCGUCACGUUCGACUGGUUUUCGUAUCGCGUGAUUAUUUGUUGAAUGUCGUGACAAACGAACUCGUGCGUGACAACGCCGGUUGUUUGAGGCUGGUUUCAGAUGCUAUAAGACAGACUACGUUUUCAAGCGAUGAUGACCUUCCCCAGUCCCCGAGAAAAGGGCUUGACACACGCGCUAUCGUGGCUUGUGAAGGAGAAUAUGCCUUUUGUUAUUUCCCUCAGAAAGAUGAGUGGAAAAGGUUACCUAGAUGUAACAGGUCAGCUGAAGAAAGGAGGACCAACAUCCCUUCAACCCACAUGAUUAAAUUUCGUGAUCAGUUAAUCGUGUUUUUCAGUUUGGGUCGAGGAGAGAGGUAUGAUCCUGUCUUUAAUAGUUGGUCAUCAUUCCCCUUUGGCGCAUUUAAGGACGAGGUGACUGUCAUCGGAGGAGAGUUAUUUUCUAUCAAUGAAACUUUUCCUUUCCUGUUGGAAGACAACGCAAAAACAGUAAGCAUUGAAAAAUUCCAGGUAGAGACAUGUUCAUGGCAAAAGCUUCACUCCUCUUCUCAGUGCUACAGGAAAGAUUCUUGUGUCAUAGGAUCUGGUAACUUUUUGUAUCUUUUGGGUGGGACGUCCCCACACACAUCCCAACAUGUUGCAAAAGCUGACAGAUUUGACAUUAUGGAAAAGAAAUGGGAAGAAAUCACAGAUAUGCAACAAGCAAGAGGUGGGGCUUUUGGUGUGGCCAGUCAGGAAAAGAUUUUUGUGGCUGGAGGAGCAGAUGAAGAAGGCACAGUGUUGAAAACAUGCGAGGUGUACAAUGUUUCCACGAAUGAAUGGCAGUUAAUUGCAAACUUGAAUUUUUACCGCACACAUGGUAGUAUGGUUUGUCUUGGUGGAACAUUGUAUGUGCUGGGUGGCUUUAACCAAAAUAAGAAAAACCCAGAAGAUUCAGUUGAAUAUUAUGACAAACAGGGCAAGUGGAUUGUGAAGACAGUCAUACCAAUAAAGGACUGUAAGAAAAAACAGGCAUUCAAAGGCUGUGUGCUAAAGUUCUCCAAAGGAGUAUUGGAUUAUCUUAGAGAUCCAAAUGCAGAGGAUUCCAAGAAUAUGAAUUACUGGAAAGGCGAUAAGCAAAUUGAGGCAGAGAAGCCCAAAAGGUACUCUGAUAUGACCAUGGAUGAGUCCCCAAAUAUCAGUAAACCUGGCCCCCAAAGGAAACUAAAACUUGAGCAGGAACUUUUACUGAUAAUGAUGAGGCUUCGCUUAGCUUUGUCUGUUGGGGAUCUGGCAUUCCGAUUUGCAAUAUCUGACACUCUUUCACCACAAUCUCCGCUUACAAACCUCGAAAACAAGGCCUAUCCUUUGACGAUGGAAGACCUUCCAGCUAUCAGUGUCACUGAACAGAAUCCUUUUUGUGUAGAAAUGAUGAAACGGCUCAACAUACAACGAAAACAAGGCCACUUAUGCGACAUAACUUUGAUUACGAAAGAUGAUCAAGAGCUAAAGGCUCACAGAAAUAUCCUUUCUGCAGCGAGUCCGUUCUUUUACAAGCUUCUUCAGAGCGAUAUGAAAGAAAAUCGGGAAGGGAUCGUUCGGUUGGAGGAGAUUUCGGGAUCUGUUAUGGAAGAUGUUUUGGAAUUCAUCUACACUGGAACUGUAGAGGUUACUGAAGAAAAUGCCGAAGAGCUGGUCGUCGCCACAAAUUAUCUCCUCGUUCCAAACUUGAAAACAAUCUCUGGUCGAUUUAUACAACAACAAAUGUGUGAGUUAAACUGCAUUUCAACCUUCUACUUCGCCGAGAAAUACGAUUGUGAAGAGCUUUUAAACGAAAGCAAGAGUUUCAUCCACGCGAACUUCGCGUCUGUAGCAGACAUGAAUGAAUUCCUAAGUUUGGAAGUCAAAGAAGUGGAGAGAUGGAUUUCUAGUGAUGAGAUUGUCAUUGAAACGGAAGCCGAUGUGUUCCAGAUUGCGCAAAAGUGGGUUGAACAUAACAAGAGCGAGCGGAAAGCAGCCUUUGAAGAGCUGCUUCGUCACGUGCGACUAGUUUUCGUAUCGCGUGACUAUUUGUUGAAUGUCGUGACGAACGAACUCGUGCGUGACAACGCUGAUUGUUUGAGGCUGGUUUCAAAUGCCAUAAAACUGACUACGUUUUCAAGCGAUGUUAACCUUCCCCAGUCACCGAGAAAAGGACUUGAGACACGAGCUAUAGUGGCUUGUGCAGGUAAAUAUGCCUGCUGCUAUAUCCCUGAUAAAGAUGAGUGGAAAUGUUUACCUGAACUGUUAUGGGAGAAAGAUCAUGAAACCCCAAUGAUUAGAUUUCGUGAUCAGUUGUAUAUGCUUCAGGACUGGAGUCAAGUGCAGCGGUAUGAUCCUGUGUUUAAUGGCUGGUCAUUGUUGCACCUAAACCUAUUUUCUUUUGACUACUUGACUACUGUUAGGGGAGAGCUGUAUUCUGUCGAGCAGAUGUAUCCUUACACAGAAGAUGAGGAAACAUGCAUAAAAAAAUUCAGUGUAGAGCAAAAUUCAUGGCAGACAAUUUUCACCUCUUUUGAGAGCUGUAGGGAAGAGUCUUGUGUCAUUGGGUCUGCUAACUAUCUGUAUCUUUUGGGAGGGAAGUCCUCACCUACCUCCAAAUAUCUCCCAAAAGCUGACAGAUUUGACAUUGUGGAAAAGAAAUGGGAAGAAAUCACAGACAUGCAACAAGCAAGGGGUGAGGCUUUUGGUGUGGCCAGUCAGGAAAAGAUUUUUGUUGCUGGAGGAGCAGAUGAAGAAGGCACAGUGUUGAAAACAUGUGAGGUGUACAAUGUUUCCACAAAUGAAUGGCAGUUAAUUGCAAACUUGAAUGUUUGCCGCACACAUGGUAGUAUGGUUUGUCUUGGUGGAACAUUGUAUGUGCUGGGUGGCUUUGACCAAAGUAAGAAAAACCCAGAACAUUCAGUUGAAUAUUAUGACAAACAGGGCAAGUGGAUUGUGAAGACAGUCAUACCAAUAAAGGACUGUAAGAAAAAACAGGCAUUCCAAGGCUGUGUGCUAAAGUUCUCCAAAGGAGUAUUGGAUUAUCUUAGAGAUCCAAAUGCAGUGGAUUAUUAA